AUGUUCCUUCUUUUCUUUCUUUCUUUCUUCUUACAUCGUCCCUUCUUUUUUCUUUCAUGCCCCUUUCUUUCUUUCUUUCUUUCAUGGUCCCUUCUUUCUUACAUCGUCCCUUCUUUUUUCUUUCAUUUCCUCUUUCUUUUUUUUUUCUUUCUUAUUUUCCUUUCUUUUCUUUUCUUUUCAUGCCUCUUUCUUUUUUUUUUUUUCAUCGUCCUUCUUUUUCUUUCUUUCAUUCCUCUUUCUUUCUUUUCUUUCUUUUCUUACAUCGUCCCUUCUUUUCUUCUUUUCAUGCCUCUUUCUUUCUUUCCUUUUCUUUCUCUUUCUUUACAUCGUCCUUUCUUUUUCUUCUUUCAUGCCUUUUCUUUUCUUUCUUUCUUACAUCGUCCCUUCUUUUCUUCUUUCAUGCCCUUUCUUUCUUUCUUUCUUUCACAUCGUCCUUCUUUUCUUCUUUCAUGCCCCUUUCUUUCUUUCUUUCUUUUUUUCACAUCGUCCCUUCUUUUCUUCUUUCAUGCCUCUUUUUUCUUUCUUUUCUUUCUUUCUUUUCUUUUCUUUCAUUGUCCCUUCUUUUCUUCUUUCAUGCCUCUUUCUUUUUCUUUCUUUCUUUCUUUCUUACAUUGUCCCUUCUUUUUCUUUUCAUGCCCUUUCUUUCUUUCUUUCUUUCUUUCAGCAUCGUCCCUUCUUUUUCUUCUUUUCAUGCCCCUUUUCUUUUCUUUCUUUUUUCUUUCUUUCUUUCUUACAUCGUCCUUCUUUUUUUCUUUCAUGCCUUUUCUUUUUUUCUUUUCGUUCUUUUCUUUCUUUCUUUUCUUCUUUUUUCUUUCUUUCUUUUCCCUUCCUUCUUUUUCAUACCUCUUUUCUUUUCUUUCUUUCUUUCUUUCUUUCUUUCUUUUCGUCCUUCUUUUCUUUUCUUUCUUUCUUUCUUUCUUUCUUUUUCUUUCUUUCUUUCUUUCUUUCUUACAUCGUCCCUUCUUUUCUUCUUUUCAUGCCCCUUCUUUCUUUCUUUCUUUCUUUUCUUUUCUUUCUUCCUACAUCGUCCUUCUUUUCUUCUUUCAUGCCUCUUUCUUUUCUUUCUUUCUUUCACAUCGUCCCUUCUUUUCUUCUUUCAUGCCCCUUUCUUUUUUCUUUCUUUCUUUUCUUACAUCGUCCUUCUUUUUCUUCUUUUCAUGCCCCUUUUCUUUUCUUUUCUUUCUUUUAUACAUCGUCCCUUCUUUCUUCUUUCAUUCCUUUUCUUUCUUUCUUUCCUUUCUUUCUUUACAUCGUCCUUCUUUUUUUCUUCUUUUUUCAUGCCUCUUUUUUCUUUUCUUUUUUUUUCUUUCUUACAUCGUCCCUUUCUUUUCUUCUUCAUUCCCUCUUUCUUUCUUUUCUUUCUUUCUUACAUCGUCCUUCUUUUUCUUCUUUCAUGCCCCUUUCUUUCUUUCUUUCUUUUCUUUCUUUCUUUCUUUCUUACAUCGUCCUUUUCUUUUUUUUCUUUCAUGCCCUUUCUUUCUUUUCUUACAUCGUCCCUUCUUUUCUUCUUUCAUGCCCUUUCUUUUCUUUCUUUUUCUUACAUCGUCCCUUCUUUUCUUCUUUCAUGCCCCCUUUCUUUCUUUUCUUUCUUUCUUUUUCUUUCUUUCUUUCUUUCAUCGUCCCUUCUUUUUUUCUUUCAUGCCCUUUCUUUCUUUCUUUCUUUAUUUCUUUCUUUUCUUUCUUACAUCGUCCUUCUUUUCUUCUUUCAUGCCUCUUUUCUUUCUUUUCUUUCUUUCUACUUCGUCCAUUUCUUUUUUUAACACAUUUUUUUACAAUACAUAUCAUUUCACUGUCACACCUAACAAUAUUAAACUUUGCUAUCUAUCUAUCUAUCUAUUCUUUACAUUUCUAUCUAUCUAUGUAUUCUUUAAGUUUCUAUCUAUCUAUCUAUUCUUUAAGUUUCUAUCUAUCUAUUCUUUAAGUUUCUGUAUAUUUACCUAUCUAUUCUUUAUAUUUCUAUCUAUCUAUGUAUUCUUUAAGUUUCUAUCUAUCUACCUAUCUAUUCUUUACAUUUCUAUCUAUCUAUCUAUGUAUGUAUUCUUUAAGUUUCUAUCUAUCUAUCUAUUCUUUAAGUUUCUAUCUAUCUACCUAUCUAUUCUUUACAUUUCUAUCUAUCUAUUUUCUAUCUAUCUAUUCUUUAAGUUUCUAUCUAUCUAUCUAUUCUUUAAGUUUCUAUCUAUCUAUUCUUUAAGUUUCUAUCUAUCUACCUAUCUAUUCUUUACAUUUCUAUCUAUCUGUUCUUUAUAUUUCAUUCAUCUAUUCUUUAAAUUUCUAUCCAUUCUUUAUAUUUCUAUCUAUUUAUUCUUUAUAUUUCUACCUAUCUAUUCUUUAAAUUUCUAUCUAUCUAUCUUUCUAUCUAUCUAUCUAUCUAUCUAUCUAUCUAUCUAUCUAUCUAUCUAUCUAUCUCUUUUCAUUAUCGACCUAUCUAUUUUCUAA